CUACAUACGUGAAAGUCUUCUUAGUCCUUCCUCUCUGAAGUUAUUCAACAUUAGACUUGUAAACUGAACUGUCAACCUGAAACAGGACUCGACUGUGUUAUAAAAGCUUUCGCAACCGCUUCCCACCGCAACAGUUGUCUAUAUAAAACUGUCGGGAGAGCGCGCGCGAGCUUCAGUGGGCUGUUGGCGCCCGUAAGACAACGUUGGUCUAGCUGCCUCUCAGUGCACCGAGGGUAUCUCUCGCUCCCUGCCUCAGAGGGAGUUGAACCGUGAUUGCAUAAUCACCGGCGUCCAACAAGAAGCCCUUCGCUCCUUCCCUUCACGUAAGAUGUGGCUCCCCAGGUCCUCGGCUGUCGCAGUGUGUCUGAAGUGAUUCCAAGUGCGUGUGUAGAGAGGAAUGGAAAAAGCAUUUCCGUGGGCAUUGGAUGUUCACACCUAUACUUCUUCCAUUAGACCAGAGUUGCGUAGAUGGAUAUUAUCACACCUAGGUCUCUUGAGAUGUCAGAGAUGAAUUCUGUAGAGCCUCUCUGACGAGUUCUCACUACCAUGUUAUUCUCGUUAUCUCAUUCAUGGGGUAAAUAACCCGACUGUGCAAGUGACUGUAUACUGGUGCUAAUUAUCAUCAUAUUCAUCACAUACAAACGCACGUACUGAACGUUCACCAGUCCUUUUCAUAAGCUGUGUACAGUUUUGGUGCUAUAGUUUUAUGAAUAUUCUUAAGAUUUAUGAAUGAAUAAGGAGGCGUCCCUCGACAAUUCCUGAAGUCUUUUCUGACUGUGCUUUAAGCUCUCUCAAAGUGCAAAUAUCAGUAUAGCCUGCAAUCAUAAAUAUAUUUUUCCACCUACUGAGAACCUCUUUUAUAUCUGAGGUUAUUUUUAGACGCGAACUUUUGUAGCCGACUCCCAGUUCCUACAUUAGCAGAAAUGGCUAUGGACAAAGUAGCCAGCAGUCCCGCCCUGCCCACAAUUGACGGUUGGACACCCGACGAGACUCCCCUGAGCGAGAACGAGACGGCUGCCCUCACCGUCGCCUUAGGCGUGGGCAUGAGCGUCAGUGCCGCUACGGAGGAGCCCCAGGAGAGGCAUACCGUCGCCGAUUUAGCAUCUCUGGUGCCCGAUGCCCUUCCCACCCUGCCCCCGAUAGAAAACGUGGGCGCAUUGCCCUUAUUGGCUAACUCCACCUCCAACCUCCGGCUGCAGACGCUGACGGAGGCGUCGUCGGAAGGAGACUCCAGAGAUUCCGGAAGCGAAGACGACCCGGAGGAAUCGCCCACCAAGAAAGUGGCGUCGUUCUACAUCGGAGACGACCAGGGUUGCACCCGCGAGCUGAACAACCAAACGGGCAGCCUGCAGCAGCUGCCCCAAGGGAGCCUGCAGCAACUACCCCAAACUGGCAGCCUGCAGCAGCUGCCACAGGCGGUCAGGAGAGUGCAAAUUCAGGCGGAGCAGACGAAGUUGAAGACCGUCGAAUUCACGCCCCCCGACGGAGGCUACGGCUGGGUGGUCGCCCUCGCGGCUUGCCUAGUCAACGUUUGGAUCGUUGGCUUCAUCAAAAGUUACGGCGUUCUCUACGUCCACGUCCGGAGCGCUUUUCCGGAGGCCUCGGCCUACCAUACCUCGUGGCUUCCGGCUCUCUUGUCUACCAUCGGUCUCCUCAUCGCUCCUCUAACGGGAACGCUAUGCAGAAACUUUACCUCUCGAAAAGUGUCCUUCGUCGGUGGACUUCUCUGCUGUUUGGGUCUCGUUCUGGGGUCGCAGGCGGUCUCCAUGAACCAGCUCAUCCUUUCAGUUGGCGUCUUGACAGGUCUGGGUGCAGGUCUUACUACAACUCCUGGUGUUCUGAUCGUAUCAUUAUACUUUGAAAAGCGCCGUGCCCUUGCAUCAGCCAUAUGUGUCUCUGGCAAUGCCCUUGGAGGCUUUUUCUUGCCACCAUUAGUGGAUUAUCUUAUGGAGGAGUACGGGCUCAGAGGAACUAUGCUGAUCUUGGCAGCCAUGCAACUUCACAUAUGCGCUGCAUGUAUGCUGUAUCGCCCCAUUCGUCUGCAUGCCCUCAUCCAGGCCGAGGAGAGGGCUAAGCAGCCAAAGGAGGAAUCAGAAAUUCAUGCACCUGUACCAGAGUACAACAAGUUAUUACCAAAUACCCCUGCCACCCCUAGAACUAAUUUGCCCUCCCCCGCUUCUGCCCCCGGUACUCCACUUAACAGACCUCAUGCUAUUUGGCAGAGAAUGGUCCGUAACCGCCUCAACUCAACAACAACAGUGGAAGAAGAAGAAUUAAGAGGAGAGGUGUCAUUCCUGAGGAGCGCCUCCAUGAUGAACAGCAUCCCUGAUCUAACACUGUACGCAAGGUCUUGGAGCAUAUCGGGUGAACGGGCAUCAAUGGGCAGUCGAUCAUCCAUUCGUAUGGCUCUUGGAAGUAAAUCUUCUCUUUCAAAACUUAGCACUGCAGCUAGCAGUAAGUCUUCUCUAUCUAAGCUAGUAUUAUCGACCGAAAACAAGCAUCCGCCUCUCGUGAGAUUAACUUCAGAUGGUUCUGACGCUAACCAGAAAGUUGCGAGACAUCCUACCCUGGUGAGACUGGCAUCUGAAGAAGAGGGCACUACCCAGUUAUCUAGAAACCGCUCUGGCAGCAUCCGCCAUUCCCAAUCCCGACUGAGUAUGGACGGCAGACCUCAGCUUGGAAGGCAGAGUUCUGUUCGCAGAGUACAAGGAAGAAUAAUGACUGCUGUUAUCAAGGAACAAGACAACGAUUCCCAAAUUUCUGAGGAAAUGGAUGAAGAACAAACGCCAAAGGUAUGCGAGGAAGAGAAGGAAAAAUUACAAGACGAUCCAAGUGCAGAAGAGAAACUGCAAGAUGAGAAAGAGAAGGAAAAAGAUAUAGAUGAUGAUGACGACGAAGAGGAGGAAGGCUCGGAAAGCGACAGCCCUAGCUGCUUAUACACACUCAUGUUGAGUUGCAUAGACGUCUCCCUUUUCAAAAAUCCUCUGUUUUUAAUGGUUGCCAUGUCAGUAUUUUUCAUGGCAACUGGGGCUCCACACGCUAUAUUCUUCUUACCUGCAUAUGCCGAGUCAGUGGAUAUUCCAUCAUCCCAAGUCCCCAAGAUGCUCUCGAUAUCGUCCAUUGUCGAUCUGGUGGGUCGUCUGGGAGUUGGCUUCGUUUCAGACCUUGGACUUGUUAGGAAUAGCUACAUCUAUUUCGUCAGUGGCAUAGCGUCGAGCAUGUCUGUCCUCCUGGUGCCCCAGCUGAAUACAUUCGCUUCGCUGUCGGCCAUUCUGGGCCUGUACGGCUUCGGCAUCGGAGCCUGGUUCGUGCUGAUACCCACCAUCCUCGCCCAGCAUCACGGGGCGGCUCGCCUUGCCUCGUCCUACGGUCUAGCCAGGCUCUUCCAUGGAUGCAUGAACUUCAUAUCGCCGCAAGUAAACGGAAUACUCGUGGACAGCACCAACAGUUUCGUACCCUGUUAUUAUUUCAUGGGAUUUUCAAUGGUGAUCUCGGCGUUCCUUAUGCUCAUGGAACCUGCCCUCGUCAACUACACCAACGAGAAGGAGAAGAAGCAGCAAAUGGAAGCCAUGAACAACAACCACGCGUGAGGAGGACAUUUCUCGACAGGCAAAAUCUCAAGAGUGAAUAAUGUCCGUAUGUCCGGAAGUGCAAAUCAAUUAAGUUAUUGUAGGGGGUUACGUAUUGGUGGAUGUACUAUGUACGCACUGGGUAGGGAAUUUUGAAAACGCGCGAACUGUAACAUAUUUUAUUUGUAAUUUUAUUUCACUGUGAUGACAGUGUAAUGAACUGUUGAAUUUUUUUACGGAAUCAAUUUUUAAAUCAAACUUGAUCUUCCACGAAUGAAGAAUGUCUCUUGUCAUACCAAAGCCGAGUGUGCGAUUUUUAUUUAUUUUUUAAUUAUCCUUACUUUGUCUUGUGUGAUGUGGAAGGAAAUGGGAUGAUUUAGGUUACCUGUCAAAACAAUUUAUUCUGAUCUCUUUCCAAAGGCGCGGUCAUGAUUGGUGAAUGCCAAUGGUCACGUGUUUUCUCGAAACCUGCAUUUAAAAAAAAUUUGUAGAGUUAAGGUAUAGAAUUUAAGUCUUCAAAAACAAAUUUCUUGGACUUGGUUUCUUAAGCGAUGGCCAGAUUCGAUAUUUUUAUUGGAAAUAUACAGGGUAUUUGUAAUGUAAAUAAUAUGCAAUGUGUGUGGCGAGGUCGUCGUGUUCUGUGAGUGAAUGCAAGAAUGAAAUUGUGAUUCUAGAUAAGAAUUGUGAGUGCAAGAAUCCUCUGGCGUCCCGUUAACACGAGGCGGUUUCAAACGCUGCGUUCCCAUGUAGGCGUUCAACGCCCCGGUUCACCAUUUUUUUUUUUUUUUUUUUUUUGUCAACAUAGAACAGCAUAUGCAUUUGGGUACUUAAUCGCCGGAGCAAACGACAAAUUCAAAAACCAUAGACCUACGCAAGGAAUGGUCGUAGUUUUAUAUCCAGAACCAAGUGAAUAAGGACCAAGCAUUUUUAAUUUAUUUCAGAAUGGGCAUCAAAUCGUAUGACGAUUCACUUCGAAUUGCGGCUUAAUCCUUAUAUUCUAACAACCCAUGUCCCAUAUUGGAUGACUUUUCAUUAUAAGUGACAAAUUCUUUCCCGAGCCUGACUUUCUCCAGUCUUAUAGUAUUCUAGCAAAUCACCAACGCAACUGCGCCGUGUAAACGGUUUAUUACUCUGAAUUCUGAACGGGCCCUGGGAUCCUACCAUCGCGAUUGGAAACGCCUCGUAGGAGCAGGGUCGAAAUGCAAGAGGCUUCCAGCGUUUUCUAAACGCGGUAAAGACAUGUCAGCGUUUGACUCAUUUCAUUUGUUAGCGCAUACAUAUCUCUUUUUGUAUGGAUAUUGUUAUAUAUACGAAUUGUUAUAUAUUAUGAUAUAUUCACUUAUGAAGGCUUUUUUACCAUAUAUUUUUUAAUUACAUGCCACAUGCAUGCAACUUUCAAUUGCCACGUCGGGAAGCAUUACACUGAAUUUAAGGGCAUUGCGUAAUGCAUGCAGUAUCAUGACAAAAUGUUGAUUCACAAUGAAUGUCGAAGUCUGAUUUCACACGAGCCCUUGUAUCUUUUAGCAUUUUGCCGGUAAACUUAGCGUAAACCGGUGAUUAUUUCUAUAUUGAUGCAAAAUUGACUUCAUUCACUCAUGAUCGCUUAGACGAUGAUGUCACCCGUCACAAUCAAACGAAAUAAAUCUCAACUUCAUCACAAAUGUUUGGCUACUCUUCGGAAAGUGCUGAAAGAUGCCAAAGAACAAACUCGUUGGAAUCCGCCUUAAUCCUAUUGUAAUGAACUCAUUAUUUAUCCUGUACAUCGUAGAUUUUAGACUAUGUAUCAUUAUACACGCCUGCCAUGACUUCAUUGCCUUAUAUGAAUAUAGUGGGAUCAUAUCAGUAGUGUGUAACGAUAAACGGGCUAGAAUUGCCGAGAGUAUGUAUGCCAGCGCAUGCGCGCGUAUUUCCAUUUAAAAACCCGCAUUUUUUUUAACGCCAAUUUUCAAAUAUGUCAUGCAGAGUACGUCCUUACCAUAUGAUGAACUACCUCUGAGAAAGAACAUAACUACAUUUGUUGGACUGUCGCGUGUUCUUGCAGGCAAGUUCUGGAAAGAGCGUUUAUGUUUCUAACGGUCUCGUUUCAAAGCCGCAAGCAGAAAGAAAAUUUCCCAAAUGUUUUUUGCUGGUGUUGAGACCGAGACGGGGCAUUGCUACCCAAAGCCCGCUAGAAAAUUGUGCUGAUGGGCCGAGGAGAAUUAUACAUUUUGGAAUUCCACAUUCUGAAACCCCACUUACAUAUUUUUUAAUGCAGUUAUUUAAGUGAGAUUGAUGAGACUGGUUAUGAAUCGUAAAGUGCGAUAAAUCCAUUAUGCAUAGUUUAAGUCAGGAUUAAUCUAAUAAUCCUGAGUUUAAGUAAUGCGUACGACGCUUAUUCACCUCAACUUGUUAUCGACUAGCAACAAUUAGGGGAGCAAAAUCGAGAUGCUCGUCUUUCAGACUACUUUAGUUAAGCCUCUUUCUUAUCAUUUAUGUAUCGUUUAUUUUGUUUAUAUUACUGGCGUAUUUGCGUAAGCAUACAUAAACACAGCACUCAAGUCAUUCUGAAACCUUGGUUGAUCCGUGUGGUAGUCCAGCAGCGUAACUACUCUAGAAUAUUUUGACAUGCCAUGCCACGGAAAGAAAGAAUUUAGAAUGCGCAAUUUCCAUGGCAUAAACUUAAGUGAUAGAUGCGUCAUUCCCAUAAUAUAAUGUAGUGGAUUAAUGUAGUUCGCGUUAGAUAGCAAUGGAAAGGACAUAAGAUGCAAACUUUUUUGCGUGAAUAAUUAUUCGGAACAGCUCCAUCAAUGAAAGAAGAAUUAUCAUCGACCGAAGUUCCCUCGAACACGAUUUCCUAGCACCUGUCCCCCACCGCUGACUUUCGAAGAAGUAGCCAAAACUGGUGCCAAAAAUGAAUGCGCAUGAUCGAGUUUGUGAGACCAUGGGAUGGCGACCAUAUGGGGCUGCUACAGUUUGGCACCAGUAUGGGUAAACUACUGGUCAUAUGGUGCAAAGUGCGACGGGAACAUGAUGGAGAGAUGAUAUAUGAAUAUGCUCAAACGACACUGAGCACUUCGGCGCCGGAAGCUGUUUGUGUAUCCAAAUAUGACACAAGUAGAUAAGUUUUGCACAAAUUAUACGUUAAUAUUUACAGUUUUUUUAUCAGCUAAAUACCAUAAUCUAUUCCAGCCCUUAGCCUGACUUUGUAACGGAAUUAUAAUCUUCCUGAAUAGGUAAUAGAACAUGUCUACUCCAAGCGUUGUAAAUAAUGUAUAUAUAUAAAUGUAUAUAUACACGAGUAUAUUUAUGAAAUGAAAGUUAAUGUUGUUGAUACGUGACAGUAACUCCGGUAGUUUUCGGAAACAAAUCGUCAGCACUUGUCAAUUUCGUAGAAGCGCUGUUAUAGACGUUUGAAAAUAUAUAGUACCGUGUUUGUUUGUUUUCUUUGGAAUAACAUAUUAUUAAAUAAAUAUUGCGCGCGUGCAUGUCGAUAAAUAGAAAGGCACUUAGAUAAAAAAAAAAUGAGACGAUGCUUGCACAGUAAAUACUGUUAACUAGACGGAAUUGAUUUACGAAAAAGAACAACUUCCCCAGUCGUGCGUAUGUGUUAUUUAGGAACUCAAACGGAAUAAUACUGAUUUCAGUAGAGAGUUUUCUCAGUAAUUUUGCUUCGAAAGUGUUAGCCGUUAUCCCCAUACAUCUAUGGGAUCCUCUUCAAGCACAACGUCCAUCUACUAACUAGUACUACCGUUUAGAACUAAGCUACGCGCCUCUAGACAGUGAGAAAGAAAAUAAUGUUGCCGAUGUAUAGUGAACUUCCACGCGAUAAAUAGUAAAUCCUUACGAGUGAAAACCUUGUCAUGUUUACACUUAACCUCUUAAAAUGUGACAAGUGUAGUUUUUUUUCAACAUUUUUUUCCUUUUAGUUACAGUACAUCAAUUGCAUCUUGAAACCGCGAAUAGUUUUACUGUUUCUUAAUUUCAUGGACAAUGUCGGAACAGUAUCAAUAUUACUUCUGCCAAUUGUGCGUUAGUUUGUCUGUAAGUAGUAUCAGGAUAUCUUAUGAAUGGUAAAACGGACAUUGAUACUCAAGCGCUAGUUUUUCUAUAAACAUAAUUUCCAAUCAGUGAAAGAAUAUCAGCUUUCUCAUUUACGACUAUUCAUUUUGAUUCUUGCAGAUACCUCCCACAUCCAGUAGUCCAAGUCGUUGUCAACAACCAUUGCUAUCGUAUUUUGCUACUUAGAAAGAUUACUCAUAAAUAACGUAAACACAAUAAAUAUUCAAAUGGUUCGUGUGGUCUUCAUUGAAAUAGUCAUUAACUAUAUCUCAGAUUCAUUCAUAACCUAGACAGUUGCCGAAGUAGUUUACAAGAAUAAUCAGUCAGCAGUUAAAAAUAAUCAGCUUCCAGAUGUUACACAGUCCGGUCGACGUACAUGGGAUAGAAAUCAGUCAAACUCAGCUCAGCUCUAAGUCUAGCACAAAUUAAGGGAAUAAGAAAGUUACCAUUUAUAAUGUAUGAGUUACUUUCAUUUCGUAGAUUUGUCCUCCACGUUUUCGAAAAGGAAAAUGUAAGGGACUCUUUCAAUUACAGCAAACGGAGUUAUAAAAGCCUUUUUUUACAGUUACGUAAACAAUACAAAACACUACAUAAACUGAUUCUUUCGAAAGACCCACAAUAUGAUUACUUUAAGUGCGCACUGUUAACUGAAUAUAAGGAGGAUGUACAACAGUUUUUAUGUAAUAUCAGUAUAUUGCAAUAACGGUCUUAUUCCUAAGGAUACAAUUUUGUAAGAAUUUUUACGGCAACUCAGAGUCGCGUUUCACAGUAGUAUUGUAGUAUCCCGGGACAUGGCUGAAAAGCGUCCUAGAAAAACCAAUCCCUUUUUUAUACAAUAAAGGAAUAUUUUUGGUUACGACUUUCUACCCGUGCCGUGAUCUGUGAAACUCAACUCGGACUUGGUCGUCAUCCAGAAAAGGAAUAUAUUCGAAGGUGGCUCUUUCAUGGGGAAAUGCCACUUAGUUAGGUUAAUGUCUUGGCCAGUUAUGGGCAUAAGCUGUGGUUACUCUUCCAAGCUUCGCCGGUCACCUCCUUUCUUUUCAGGGAAAUAAAGUGCUGUGAUCGUAUCCCCUCUUACGUUCCAUACUGAGUGAACGUGAGCACCACCACAGUGAACCCCGAGAGAGAGAGAGAGAGAUUCUCAUGACCAAUUUAGUUAUUAUUUAUUUCAGAUCUCAUCACUUUAACAAAGACGGUUCCAUUACCCUCAAUUCGUAUGUCAAGAGUGAACGGUGAAUGAGGGUCUGUGUUCUUAUGUGUGAAAGGAUGGUAAAUUAUUUUUAUUUAUUGAAUGAAUGUGAGGUUCACUGUUUUCUCACGCUCUCUACAUACUACCAUGCUUAACAAGGACAGGGAGCGCUGUUCAUUCCAGAAAUCAAUUCUUGAAAACUUCCAACAGCUCCUUUGAGCCUACUGUGCGAGGCACUGAGCCACAUCGCAGCCCAAGGAGCCCACAGAGCAAGGCCAAUAGAAUUGGCCUUGCCACAGAGUGGCCAGUCAAGAGCCGAUGAAAAUUUAAAAUAUCUCGGACGAAAUAUCCGGAAGGAUACAAAUCCUGUCACCGAGGGGGUCACAAUGAGCAAAACGGUCUUUCCCGCACUCCUUUUCUUCCGCUGUAUUUAAUACCCUCUUAAGUCCCUCCCUCCCCCUCCCUCCCCAUUCCCUAGUCAAGUCUUCACGCGCCCACUCUCCCACAGCCUGGCCAUUGAUUACUAGACCAGCAAGCUACCCGGAACCCCAAGGCAAGGAAAACUUUCGAUAUGGAACAUCCCAAGAUGUUGUAUGUCUUUCACGCUUAUGUAGACAAUAUGUGUAAGUUAGGCCUUCACGGGGAGUUUCAAUUCGUGAGGGUUUCAAAGCUCAAGAAAAGCUCGAUUUGAUUGUUCGGAUUGAGAUUGUAUAUAAAGGUUGGAAUGAGUGUUUUACAGACUGGAGUUCCAGUGGCCUUGUAUUUCUGCACACACACACACUACUAGAUUGUAUUCAUUCGUUAAUGCGUGUAUGUCUGUAUGUAUGUAAAAAAAAUGUACAUUUCCCGAGGCCACUGGACAUCACUCCAGACCUGAAGGAAAUUUUGUAAGUAUGUAAAUUAGACCAAAAUCGUUAUAUUUUGAUUACUGUCGUCGCCUCGUGGAAAUGUCAUUUCAUUUGCAGUGGGGAAUGGGAAAGUAGGCAAAUGAACGAGAGAUCCUGGUGCCAUCACAACGACACUUAUUAACUGUAGAUUGACCUGACUUUCAAACUCUAAGUUUCAGUAGUUUUCGCUUGUUUUCAACAAAGAGGAAACAAGUUGGUGUUUCUCAUGUCACGGAUUUUAAAUUAUUUAUAAGGAACUGUGGUCCUGGGUUUUCAUCUUUUAACUAAUCAAUUUAGUAUUGUCUGUUACCCCAGGGUUAGUUUACAGUAGGCCAACUUCCUGUCAUAUGUUUAUCAAAAGCUUUGCUUUGCUGUGAAUCCUGAUUGCUGUGAAGCACUUGGCUCUCCCGAUGCUAGCGUAGGCUUUCUCUAGUAUUCUAGGAAAUAAAUAAGUCUAGAAUUCUAGUUCUGAUGUUUCUCGUGGCUACAUUUGAAAUGACUUUUCCAGCGAGUUCACUCAACACCACAAUGUACUGUCCUCCUGAUGUAUAUUUUUUGUUACUCGUUUUUUAUUAUUCUACAUCUCAAAGAGUGGUUUUACCGAAACUACGACUGUGUACUAUUAAGGCUGUGCAAUAUUUAGAUGUAUAGCUCAAUUACCGGUAUUAUUUAUUACUGUACAGUGAGAUUCUGAUAUGUUAACGAGAAGUAUUUUCUGCCAAAAAUAUAAGAAUGCUUUUAUGUAA